CACCUCCCAGCCGCCCGCAGUCUCCCGCCGCCGCCUCCCAGGCAUGGCCCAGAGCCUCGCCGCACUAUGGCAGCAGCACGGCACAGCACCCUGGACUUCACGUUCGGCGCCAAAGCUGAUGGCGAGACCAUUCUAAAAGGCCUCCAGUCCAUUUUCCAGGAGCAGGGAAUGACGGAGUCGGUGCACACCUGGCAGGACCAUGGCUACUUAGCAACCUACACCAACAAAAAUGGCAGCUUUGCCAAUUUGAGAAUUUACCCCCACGGACUGGUGUUGCUGGACCUUCAGAGUUACGACAAUGAUGUGCAAGGCAACAAAGAAAUCGACAGUCUUUUGAACAAAGUAGAAGAAAGAAUGAAAGAACUGAGUCAGGACAAUACUGGGAGGGUGAAGCGAUUACCACCCAUAGUUCGAGGAGGGGCCAUUGACAGAUAUUGGCCCACUGCUGACGGGCGCCUGGUGGAGUAUGACAUUGAUGAGGUGAUGUAUGAUGAAGAUUCACCUUAUCAGAACAUUAAAAUUCUACACUCAAAGCAAUUUGGAAAUAUUCUCAUCCUCAGUGGGGACGUCAAUUUGGCAGAGAGUGAUUUUGCGUAUACCAAGGCCAUCAUGGGCAGUGGGAGAGAAGAUUACACUGGCAAAGAUGUACUGAUUCUAGGAGGUGGAGAUGGGGGCAUAUUAUGUGAAAUAGUCAAACUGAAACCAAAGAUGGUCACUAUGGUAGAGAUUGACCAAAUGGUGAUUGAUGGGUGUAAGAAAUACAUGCGAAAAACAUGUGGCGAAGUCUUAGACAAUCUUAAAGGAGAAUGCUAUCAGGUUCUAAUAGAAGACUGCAUUCCAGUACUGAAGAGGUACGCCAAAGAAGGGAGAAAGUUUGAUUAUGUGAUUAAUGAUUUGACAGCUGUUCCAAUCUCCACAUCUCCAGAGGAAGAUUCCACAUGGGAGUUUCUCAGACUGAUUCUUGACCUUUCAAUGAAAGUAUUGAAACAGGAUGGGAAAUAUUUUACACAGGGGAACUGUGUCAAUUUGACGGAAGCCCUGUCACUCUAUGAAGAACAGCUCGGGCGCCUGUAUUGUCCUGUGGAAUUCUCCAAGGAGAUCGUCUGUGUCCCUUCAUACUUGGAAUUGUGGGUAUUUUACACCGUGUGGAAGAAGACUAAGCCUUGAAGAUGAGUGUCACCCAUCAUGUGUGCUGCAAAUAGCCAUCUUGACCUUUACACGCUUAGAUGACAUCGGAACAAGUCAGGCAAUUGAUUGUGAAUUCCUUAAGGUUUUUUUUUUAAUUAUUAUUAUUUUUAAUUUAAAAAAGCAAAUGGAAAAUGUAUAUUUUGAUGCGCUAGGGUGUUAUUUUUUUGAAAGUCAGCGUAAGGAUGAUCUGGCAGCACAGUCAAGGCUGCUACAUGCACUGAACCCCUAGAAUGUGAUUUUUGUUAAACUUUUUAUUUCUGUGUGGGCUUUUUCCAUUUUUGUUUUGCUUUUGGUAGACCUUCAAUUUGGUUGUUUGGAGGAAUGAGCAUCAUUGUUGUUCCUAAUAAAAGUUCUUGACUGUGUUUCUUUUCAAAAAAUUGACUUAGAUAUUAAGAUUUGGUGCUUAUAAAAGAGUUAAAAAAAUGAAUAGCAUUGCUCCCAUUAAAGUUACAAAAGAGA